AUGUCAUUCGAAGAGUUUUUGGAACUCGACGAAGAGGCUAUGUGGAAGGGAAUCCGCGAACAACAACGCAUGAGGGACCGUUCUGUACGAGAUGAAUACGAAGACGAUGAUGAGUUUGACGAUGAGUUUGAAGAUGAGUUUGAAGAAGCUGUCCUAGACCCUGAUGAACUUGAACGAAUGCAAUCAGCCAUUGAGGAAUCAUGGAAUCAAUCAGUAGCUGAGAAAGCACAAAUUCAGUCGGCGGUUGAGAAGGCACGACUUCAAAGACUAGCCACUCAAGCAAAUGCCACCAAGGGAACUACUCCUGUUAAAGGAAUCGCCAUCACGCGGGGUGCUACUAAAGUCGUCGCGACCAGAAGCAUUGCCCCCAAAGGCAUUCCGAUCAAACGCCUCCCUAUUAAAGGCGCUCCAGCGAAAGGCAUUCUUACUAAACUGAACGCUGCUAGAGAAGCCGCUGCCAAGCAAGCCAUUGACAAGGGAGUUGCUAUCAAAGAAGAUAUCACCAAACCCACCACUAACACACCAGCCGUGAUCGAAGCUGUCACUACCAAAAAAACCACUGCCGAAGGUGUUGCUGUCAUUACAGAUGCUACCACCACCAAACCCGAUAGUGCUGCUACGAAGGCCAAAGUUAGCAAGUCUGCUAAAGGUGAAAACCCUGUCAGAACGACGAGCAAACCUGCCAGCACUGGAAUCAGUCAUCAAGUGUCUAUAAAGUCAACGCGACUAAGGACAAGCUCACAGGAAAGAAGCACACGGGCGACAGAACCCCGAUCGAUGUUGCUUCCUGAGCUACCGGGAGCGUCAGAGUCCACACGCUCAUCAGACUCAUUACUGGCUAAGCGAAAGCCCAAAAGAACGAAGCCAGCAUUGGAAACCUACCCACCACUGGGAGAAGAGUACUACUCCCAUCUAAAAACGUCAUCGCUAAGUCCAGAAAGACUCGAGACUAUAAAAUGGAUGAAGAGCUUGUCCAAGGCUCAGAGGAACGAAUCUAUCCAGAAGUCUCUCGGCCAUGGAGUGGAAUACCCGUAUUCGAGAGAACUAUACAACGACGCCGAGCGUCGUGGCCGAGAUCCCAUAUUAAAAAGGAGAUUCGAAGCAGUCCGGCAACUUCGAUGGAUCAUGGGUCACGGUACUUCAAAGAAAUACAGACGAGACUUUUGGGACUGGUUGCCCAACCGGUUGGGGGAGACCGAUAUGAAGGACGUCAGACUCAUCUGUAUUGACACUGACAGAGUGAGGAGACAGCCAAUACUCCCAGGGGAGUGGAAGAGACGCAUUACCUCUUUUCAUAUAGGUAUAGCAAUCCUCGAUACCAAAGAUAUCCGCGAUGUCAUGACACGCGGUAUCAAUCUACCGAGGCCAGCGGAUCUUAUCAAGACAUAUGAGUUUGCAGUUCAAACUCAGCCUCCCGAAGAUGACACGUUCAUCUUCGGGAAAACAGAAUCGAUAUCACUGGAGAGUCUCAAGCAAAAGUUCAUCGAAUGGCAGAGCGGUCACGAUGUCAUUGGCGUCGCAUACUCCGUCCGGAAUGAUUUAAUCCUCCUUAAGGACUUUAAUAUCUACCUCAAUCAAGCUUUCUGGAUGGAUGUAGCCCAGGCGACGUACCCGAUCCUCAAAACGACAUGGGCACCUAGGCUCGCUGGCUUGUUAGAGUCUUUGAACAUCCAAUACGCCAAGCUGCAUUCAGCUGGCAAUGACGCCCACUUCACUAUGCGGGCUAUGUUGGGGUUGGCUGUUCUUGAUGUCAUACAUGAGUUGGAUUAUGGAGGAACCCAUCCACCCUGGUGCAACCUGGCCACGAGCAUUGCAAGGAGUCCUCUGCCGGAGCAUGAAAGAGCAGCUUUGAGAGAGUGGGGAAGACAGAUAGAGGAACGAAAGACAGCUACGACAAACUGGCAUAGGAAGAAUAGCUUGAGCCAGGUCCCACUGCCGCACGUCUGA